ACUAGUAAUGCAGAUUAAUGAUCACAGUACUUUAGAAGCUGAAUAUUGAGUGUUUCUUUAAUCUUCCAGGACCUUGACGCAUCGCUUCCAUUCAGCCAUUGAAGUGGGAAGAGUCGGGUCCCUGCUGUUGUGAUUUCAGUGCGUUCUGCAGGUGAUUGUAAAGCCACAAUGUUGUCGUUUCACGUUUGUUAGGACCCAUUGAAGGCUUUUAGGUUAAACUAUCCACUCUGGCGGUGUGCUCGGUAAACAGAGGGGGUGAAAUGUCUGCAGCGGCCGUCGUAGGGGGAGGCUCCUCCUGUCUGGGCGCAGCCGCGGCAGCCAGUUGCAGCUCCGCCGGUUCUCCAUAUACAGCUGCAGCCGGAGGAGGCGCAGGGGUGGCGGGGAGACUGCCAGCUCGGGUCCUGGAGCAUGUCUUCUCAUACCUGGAGCUGGCCGACCUGAAUGCGUGCACGCUGGUCUGCUGGCACUGGAACAACAUCCUGGCAGAUGAAAACAGCGAGGUGUGGCGCAGCCUCUCUGCCCGGUACCUCAGCGAUGAAGCUAUGCGAUCUGACAUCCUGUGCAACCUGCCCACCUACAGAGGAAAGCUGAAGGCCUACCAGCAUGCUCUUAGCUCCCAUGACUGCUCCCGCAAUGUUUACGUGAAGAAGAACGGCUUCACCCUCCAUCGCAACCCCAUCGCCCAGAGCACGGACGGAGCCCGAGGAAAGAUCGGCUUCUCGGAGGGGAGGCAUGCCUGGGAGAUCUGGUGGGAGGGUCCUCUGGGGACAGUGGCGGUGAUAGGCAUUGCUACGAAGCGGGCGGCCAUGCAGUGUCAGGGUUAUGUAGCUUUGCUUGGCAGCGACGACCAGAGCUGGGGCUGGAACCUGGUGGACAACAACCUGCUCCACAACGGGGAGGUCAACGGAAACUUCCCACAGUGUAACAACGCACCCAAAUAUCAGAUCGGAGAGAGAAUACGAGUGAUCUUGGACAUGGACGACAAGACAUUAGCCUUCGAGAGAGGUUUUGAGUUUCUUGGAAUAGCGUUCCGUGGACUGCCCAAAGCCUGCCUGUACCCUGCUGUCUCUGCUGUCUAUGGAAACACUGAAGUCACCAUGGUAUACCUGGGGAAUCCUCUGGACGGGUAGAGGCAGAGCAACCUGUCCGCCAUGAGAACUUACAGACUGCAGACCCUGUUUGUUUAGAACGUUCUGAAGGAAAAGUGGACUGAAACACUUUUUCACACUCACUAAAGCACUGAUUUCUCCUGCAGCCCGACAUGAAGGGUUCGGCUGAAGUCUGGACAAACUACAGGGAUAAGGAGUGUUCAGGGACUGUCACAAACAUGGGAAUAUCCACUUUUACAUUUUAGCUGCUGGACUGUUUUAUUCACAGGACGGGUGAACAUUAUUUAAACCGACAAGAUUCAGGCAAACACAUUAACUGGAAGUCUGCUUGAAAGAGGCCAAACUACACUAUGAGACACCAUUUUAACCAGUGAUCAGUAGUUGUUAUUUAAAGCUAUCUGUUGUACGAGUUAACAGAAUCACAGUCUAACUAUUACUGAUAAAUAUCACAGUUAUACGCCAAAUAAUUAUGACCUGAUGUAAUAUUUUUUGAUGACAUGCGGAACAACCGUUCUGCAUGUGCAUGAAUUCAGAUGCACAAGCUGCCAUUUUAAAAACACCUGUCCUGUACUGGUGAAAGGUAAAUGUGUAACAUAUUAAUGUGUGUCCUUUUCAAUGUGCUCCCGUAGUAUUAUACACUAUUUAUUUCUUGGUUUUAUUAAUGGUACUAUAGAAGCUGUGUGGUUAUAAGGCCUGAAAAUAAAGUCUACAUGGUGCCGCAGAA